CCUCUCUCCGAUUAGCAGCUAACAACUCACAACAAACCAAUCAUAAUUUCUAAAAAUAUACCAUAAGAGAUUUUUCUAAACGGAGCGGAAAACGCGUGUGUCAAAGUUCAGGCCAAUCCGGAUUGCAGUCUUAAGAUAAUAUAUAUAAACAUGGCACAUGCGACUGGCAACGGCAAUCAACAUCAAAUGGCUGAGGACGAACUCUUUGGCGAUUUGCAGGAAAUACUUAAUGCCGGCUGUGAACAGAACGCGCCGCCCAUGCCGCAGACCUUCCCACAGUCCGCCUCGCUGCCCGUGAUGCCGUCCCACAUAGCGCUGUCCGUGCCGGCGGCGGCGCCGGCUGCUCAACGGCGCCCCUAUAUUCGCAUUGUCGAGGAGCCCACCAACAAAAUCAUUCGGUUUCGCUAUAAGUGCGAGGGGCGCACGGCUGGGUCGAUUGCCGGCAUGAACUCAACGCCGGAGGCGAAAACCUUUCCCACCAUCGAGAUUGUCGACUACAGCGGACCCGUUGUCGUCGUUGUCUCGUGCGUCACCCGGGACAAGCCCUAUCGCCAGCACCCGCACUGGCUGGUCAGCAAGGAGGAGGUGGACAACUGCAAGAGCGGCGUCUACAGCAAGCGACUGCCGCCAGAGGAGCGUCGCCUGGAGCUGCAGAAAGUGGGCAUCCAGUGCGUCAAGAAGACGGAUGUGCGCGAGUCGCUGCUGGCACGCGAGCAGAAGAACAUUGAUCCGUAUCAUGCCAAAUUCGAUCACAAAGACAACAUAAGCAGCAUCAAUCUGUACGAGCUGCGUCUGUGCUAUCAGGCCUUCAUCAAGGUGGGCAACAACAAUGUGCCCCUCGAUCCGGUCGUCUCCUCGCCGAUCUAUGGCAAGAGCAAUGAGCUGACCAUCAAUCGGUUGUGCAGCUGCUCCUCCAAGUUAAGUGGCGGCGAUCAGAUCAUAAUGCUGUGCGAGAAGAUCUCCAAGGAUGACAUAAGGAUACGCUUCUUCGAGACCAACGAGGCGGGCAUCGAAAUCUGGGAAGCCUACGCCGAUUUCCAGCCAACGGACAUCUACAAGCAGACGGCCAUAGUCUUCAAGACGCCACGUUAUCGCAAUACCGAGAUACAACACAGCGUGCAGGUGGAGCUACAACUGGAGCGUCCCUCGGAUCGGGCGACGAGCGCCGCGCUGCCCUUCGAGUACUAUCCCAAUCCAGGUAUGCUAACCUUUGCGCGUCUACAGCGCAAGCUGAAGCGCAAACAGGAGCUGGACGUCUUCCAGCAGAUACUUUCUCUAGAUAGCGAGACCACGGCCACGAAAUAUUCGUGCCCGCCGGUGGAUCUCAACGAGGACGAGAACACGGUCUCGUCGGACGAACAGCAGAGCUCGGGCACGCUCAACGAUUUCGAGAUUGCGGUCAAGAAGAUGCAGCUGCGGCAACGCGUCGAAUCGGAGGCGAAUGAGGCGGAUGCCACAGUUACGGAAUAUACCGAUGGCCUCGACAAUGACAAUGACCAGGAGCCGGACAUGGAGAUUGAGCUGGAGGUGCCACAGCUGCUGCCCCAGCUGGCCGACGACUGCACCCAGACAUCCACGCCCAUGGAGGAAAUCUUGCAGCAGCCGCAGCUGCAGUCGCGCCCGUUGAGCAACGUGGACAAGAUUAACGAGUGGAUGCGCAGCAGCGAGUUUGAGCGCACCGAUAGCCUCACCGUCGAGAACGGGGACACGCCCACGCUCUCCCACAGCACUGCCCAGACGGCGUUCACCAAUGUGAGCAGCCUGACCGCCAACACGACCAUAACGAACCAACUGAUCGACGACGAGGACAAGCUACUGCUCCUGGGCGACGGUAGCGCCUCGCGCCGCGACACGCUGGAAAAUGCUGCGCUCAAAGAGCUGCCCGUGGGCGAGGAGAUGCCGCCGGAGCCGGUAAGUGCCAGCGCCCAGGCCUCGGUGGACAUUGACGAGAACUUCGAUGAGACGGCGACAUAUACGAGUCUGCAGAUUGCAUACAACCAUCCCGUCGAGAUGCCCCAGAGCCAGAUCUAUCAUGCCUCCAAUCCGUUUAGCCAGCUGGACGAGGCUGAGCUCGUGGUGCUGACCAAUCCACCGGCGCCCAGGAUAAGGGUGAAUGCUGCGCAAACGCCAGCCACGCCGCCGUCGCCGCCUUUGCCGCUGCCACCGCGCACCCCGUCGCCAGAUCCGGAACACCGACUGCCUCCGCUGCCGCCCAAGCCGCGCAACUCGCAGGAUCUGAGCGUCAGCGAACAUAGCGUAUCCAAUUCCGUGUCCUUGAGUCGUUCGCGCAACGGCAGCGUCAGCUCCACACGCACCACGCCCUCGCCCAUUAUUAUUAUGCGCACACCCGAUCAGAGUCCCACCAAGCGGCUGCCCACGGCAACGCCAAGCAGCUCGACAUCGGCUUCGCCCAAGAAACGUCAGGGCUUCUUCUCGCGUCUGUUUUCGCGCCGUCGCAGCAGGACCGAGGACGAGGCGACGCUCGGUUCACGGGCGACCACGCCCACUGGCAGCCGCGAGCCAAGCCUGGCCCAGUUUGCCUUGGGUGAUCCGAAUCGCAGCUCCAUACGAUCACUGCAACCGCCCGGCUCGAGUCCUCAGCGCAGCGGCGGCCGCCCGGUGGGUCGCAGCUCGAGCAGCGUCUCGGGCAAGCGGCCCGCCCACUUGGAUGCGGAUGUCAUCCACAUACCGCUAAAGGGCGGCGACAGCGAGAACAGUUUACUGCGCCCGGAGAGCUACUCGAAUGCCAGCACACUGACCUACGGACGUCCGCUGGACCGCAAGACGCUGAGCACGCUCCAGCUGGCGGAUAUACCCAUCAGUGAUGGGAAUAUGGAGCUGGUGGCCAUUGCCGAUCGCCAGAGCAUUAGGAAUCUGUGCGAGGGCGCCUACGGCGUCGUGCUCGAUCCCAGCGUCGAUCUGUCCGAGGCGGAGCAUUUUGCGCUCUACACCAGCAAAUCGCCGGAGCCGGAGCGCGAAAUUGUGGGCGGCGAAGGGGGGGAGGCUGACUUUCUGAGUGCCGAUGAGAUUGCACGCCGUCUGGCCGAGGCCAACGGGCUGCAGUGAAUCGGAUUGUCGCACACAAUUUAAACGUUAAAUUACAACUUUUGUCUAGUCGUCUUUUCUUUCAGUAUUAUAUAUAUGACAUAUAUGCGUGUACCUCUAGUCUAUGCACACAGAACUUAAGCACAGUUAAUCUCAUAACCA